ACGGGCAGCAAUUCGCAAUUACGACGACACCUGAAUGCAGCAGUGAGUGUCCCGGUGUCACACAUGGCUCCCCGGGCGGUCUGGGUCCUGGUCGCGCUGUCCGGUGUCCUGAAUGUGCGCUCCUGUUAUGCUUAUACCUGUCCGGCCAUCUGCCGCUGCAGCGCCGACACUUUUCAGUGCAGCAAAGACACUCAGCUUGCCUCACGGGCAGGAGCAACAUCCGUGCCUCGACUAAGGCUCACUCAUCUGUCCUUGAAAGAAGUCCCCACUCACGCCUUCAAGGAGCUAAUCAACAUUACAAUAAUUGAGGUUUCCCAGAGUGACUGCAUCACGCAGAUACAGAGACAUGCCUUCCUUUCCCUCCACAGCCUGGCUCAAAUUUCGGUGCAGAAUAUCAACAGCCUGAGGGUUAUUGAAAAAGGGGCCUUCACUGACCUGCCCAAGCUGGAAUAUUUGAGCAUCUCUAACACAGGGGCGAUUCACCUGCCAGACUUCACAACUAUCUCUUCCCUGGCGACAAAUAUUAUCCUAGAAAUGACAGACAACAUGAGGAUCGACAUCAUUCCUGCCAAUUCUUUCCAGGGUAUCACAGAGGAGUAUGUUGACAUGAACCUGGUUAGAAACGGCUUCAAAGAAAUCAAAUCUCAUGCAUUCAAUGGAACCAGGCUCAACACACUAAUUCUGAGAGACAACAGGUAUCUCAGUGACAUCCAAGAAGACGCUUUUGAAGGAGCCACAGGUCCGACUUUUCUGGAUGUUUCCUCCACAGCUCUGAGUUCCCUCCCCCCUAAAGGGUUGAGGCAGGUGAGGUUUCUGAAAGCCAGCUCUGCCUUUGCUCUGAAGACCCUCCCUCCACUGGAGAGCCUGGCUGAGCUGCUGGAGGCUGAGCUCACGUACCCCAGCCACUGCUGUGCCUUCCACACAUGGCGUCGGAAACAAAGGGAAAGUGCCUUAAAGAACUUCACAAAGUUGUGUGAUCUCAGCGAAACUGAAGUAGAGCCCACUGCAGAUGGCAUGAAUCUUAUUGAUGACAUCACCUUUCAGUAUCCAGAUCUGGAAUUUGAUUGUCUGAACAAUCCCUUCGUCAAGUGCACGCCAAAGCCAGAUGCUUUUAACCCUUGUGAGGACCUGCUGGGCUUUUCCUUCCUGCGCUGUCUCACCUGGAUCAUUACGAUUUUCGCUGUGAUCGGUAACCUGGCUGUUCUUGUUAUCCUGCUAAUUAGCCACCAUAAGCUAACCAUCUCCAGAUUUCUCAUGUGUAACCUGGCCUUCGCUGACCUGUGCAUGGGGCUCUACCUGAUGCUCAUUGCCUUCAUGGACUACUACUCCCGUCAAGAAUACUACAACCACGCCACGGACUGGCAGACAGGACCCGGAUGUGGCGUAGCAGGGUUUUUGACAGUUUUUGCCAGCGAGCUAUCAGUAUACACACUGACGGUGAUUAGCCUUGAACGCUGGCACACCAUCAGCAAUGCCAUGCAUGUCAACAAGAGGCUCCGGAUGAACCAUGUAACAGCCAUGAUGGGGGCAGGGUGGGGCUUAUCUCUGCUGGUUGCCCUGCUCCCUCUUGUGGGCGUCAGCAGUUACAGCAAAGUGAGCAUCUGUCUGCCCAUGGACAUCGACACACCGGGCUCUCAGAUUUACGUGGUGGCUGUGCUCGUUUUCAAUGUUGUCGCUUUCCUGGUGGUCUGUUACUGUUACAUAUGCAUAUAUCUGAGUGUUCACAACCCAGAGCACUCUACCCGUCAUGGAGACACCAAGAUUGCCAAGCGCAUGGCUGUGCUCAUUUUCACCGACUUUUUGUGCAUGGCGCCGAUCUCCUUCUUCGCCAUCUCAGCAGCCCUGCGUAUGCCCCUCAUAACCGUGUCUCACUCAAAGAUCCUGCUCAUCCUUUUUUAUCCCAUCAACUCCCUCUGCAACCCUUUCUUGUACUCCCUCUUCACACGGGCUUUCAGGAAGGACGUGUGCCUGCUGCUGAGCCACUGCGGCUGCUGCCAUGCCAAUGGUGACUUCUACAGGUCCCAGACUCUGGCUUCACACCUCAACUCUACCCGAAAAAUGUCCACCAGAAAACCUCACUCACUUACCUUCUAUGCCUAUCACAUUAAGAUGAAGGGUUGCUUUCUAAACAAGGGAACCACAUGACCAUCAACAUCAGAGUUCAAUUUUAUUAUGAACUUAAAGGCGGUAUCUGCUGUCUUGCUAAAAAUGUAGCAUUUCUGCAAAAUUUAGGUCAGGUUGAAGAGAUUGCCAGUCUUGUACAUGGCAGGCGGCAGACCAGAUUUGAUCUACAAAGUAAGAAUUUCAUCAGUCUGGACCAAGAGACCUCAAAUUGAAAAGAAAAACAGGUGCUGCAGCCUCCAUUUCUGCACAGGUAAUGUGAUACAAAGUAGCAGAUGGAUGGAGCAGGAUUGGGGAACAAAUAAAACAGAACAGUUUAUUUGCAAAACUAUCCUAAAGCCUUGAUGGUCAUUUAUGCUAUUAAGAUCAAGAUAUAUAAGACAGCACUUGUAAGAUGUUGUUACAAGAAGAGACAUUUAGAUCUAUUAAAGAUCAAUACGUAGAAAUGAUUUAUUAUUUUGUCCUCAUAAAAAGGUUUGAAUACAAUGAAGUGUGAUCAAAUGGAAGUCUUUGUUUUAGCUCAUCAGAGAUGAGCUUUAGUGCCAUCUGUUGGGUUGUUGUAAUGGAGACAUUUGGACUCGGAGACUGCAGACAUGGCAGAGCAGCCACCGAGACUCAGUUAAAGCUGCAGCCUGGUCUAUGAGAAAUAUUACUUCUGUUCAAAAUGUUCUGUAUUUUCACAAUAAGACAUUAUAAUUAAAAAAAAAGUGUGGUCAAUUACUUAUGCUAACCAUCUUUUAAAAAAUUGUUUCCACAUAUAGCAACAGCUGUUGAGACUAACAUACCAGAAUAUAGAUUCCCAUGUGAAACAUCUACUUCUAUACUUACUUUCAGAGAACAUACUUGAGGAUGGUUUUAGCUAGGCUGUUAGGAGUAAAACAGCACCGUGCAUCUCAUCUUAGAAACUAACUUUUAUUUUUGUCCUUUCCAUCAUCAUUGCUGACUUGUCCUGCAUAAAUGCAUUUUCCAGAGAUAAGCUUGUCUUUACUAUGGUUGACUAUAUUAAUUUAAUCUCUUUCUGAAACUGCACAUAUGAUAAAUAUACUGGACAGACACUGAUUUGCAUCAUUUCAGUGUACUCUAGGAUCAAUGUGGCCAUGCUCAACACACAGCACUGUGGAAAAUGGCAUCUGAUUUACAUAACCUGGUAAACCCAAAUCCUCACUCUGUGGCAGGGAGUUUUCAUAUUUAUAUAGGAGAUCUGCUCUGACUCAGCUGCAUACUGUUUACCAAUACUACAAAGCAGUGGUUCCCAACAGCAUCGGCUUGUGACCCCUGAAAGCAAAACAAUGUCUACUUGUGACCCCCCAUAAUGGGUUGCAAAUGUCUACCAGUUGUAACCAGUCCAACCAACCA